UACCCCCACGGGAUUCUGGUAUUGGUAUAUUAUCGCAGAAGCUAUGACGGUUUGUCCAUCGAUUAGUAAUCGUAUUUCAAAGUCACACCUGAACCACGACCAAACCAAACUAUUAUCAAGCCGCAGCAUCUAUUCAGAGUUUAAUAAUUGCUCUUCGUUGAUUGGCCAUCGUCAUCACACUUUAUUGUCCAAUGAUGAAUCACUUCGCAAACUUCGUCCAGCGCUGUCUCUGAGAUCUGGGCGUUCGUCUUUCGAUCAAGCUAAAUUUAUCUGAUAAGCUGGACAGAUACACUCGUGACAGGAGCUAUAUUUGCCUGCCGUCAGCAGAUCUCAGUCGGAUUUCACCCACAGCUAAGGGCAUUACAUGUAAUUACCGUUAGUCCUACUGAUUGCAAUUCAAGUCAAGUCUUUCUCUCUUUACAUUUCAAGAGAGGACUUAUCGAAAUCGGUGCGUUGGUGGAAUAGAAAUGAAAAGUUCUAUUCGAAUGAAGAUUAUAUGGGCAAGCCGACGAGGAUAAUAUUGUGUCAAAGGGAGAUAUUUUUAAUGCAAUAAGGAGCUGCCAUUUGUUGAUUUUCAUCGAAGGGUUGAUCAGUUUCUUGACAGCUAGGGAUUCGUCGACCUUGAAUCAUGAGGGUCUUGGUAUCAUGCUGGAUUAUGUUAGCUAUGAGCAGGAUGGCGUAUGCCGUGGACCUGCUGAUGACGCCGCCUCUUGUUCAUGUUUACCAGGGGCAGACGUUUAGAGUGACUUGCGUGGUGACGGGAGAGUACCAAGCACGCUACCAUUCCAUUCAUUUACUCCAUCAUCCAAAAAAUGGUAGGGAGACGUACGUGACCAACGAUGAGACGGUGGCGAGGACAUUGGAUCCAAAUAGACAAAUUCGGUACAGUAUCCACAAGAAGACCUCUGGAUCAGGACAAAAUCAGAGGUGGGAAUUUAUUUUGACUGUUGUAAAGGCGGCCAAAGCUGACAUCGGGCGAUUUCAGUGCCUGCGAAUCGAAAGAGCCCCAAGGAGUACCCAGCACAGUUCUACUUUCACGCGAGUUUACGUGAACGAUGUCAUACCGGCUAGUCCCGUAGCCCCGCAAUGUGCCUUAUCGCCGGCUAAUCCGUUACCGGGACAACGGACAACGUUUUCUUGUUUUUCGAUCGGAGAGGCGCCGAAACUCACAUUGAAUUGGUCGAGAGGAAAGAGAAGACUUCCUUCAAAGAGCUCGAACUCCACUGGAAGGUUUAAUGUUGUGACAUACCAGCAUGUUAUUUCAGAAUGGGAUAAUAACGCUACAUUCACUUGCACUGCGACUGGUUUAGCACUAAGUUACGAGACCAGAACGUGCUCCGUAGUUCCGUUUGUCAUAAAUACGAACGUCACCGUAACGUCGACGCAGCGAGUGAAGGAAAAAGAACCAGCGGAAUUCAUAUGUUUGGCCGUAUCAGUGCCGGCAACGAGCAAGUACACAUGGGUCAUCACCCAAGGAUCAAAUAAGGAAGUUGUUGAUCGUAGCAGUGGAAGAUAUGUGAUUGAACAAGGCGGUGCGUUACUGAGAAUAAACUCUGUGACUUUGAAAGAUAACAAUUCGAGCGUUGAGUGCAUAGCGAGCAACGGUAUGAACAUGGAAGGGACAAGUACGGGUACGUUGUUCACGGAACCCGCCACGACGUCGCCACACCCUCGAGGUGACGGGAUCGGGACACGGCAUGGACAUGGUGGAAAAGGAGAUGGAAACUUUGUGUUCUACGGCGACGGAGGUGACCCGGGUAGAACACUCCUUCCUUUUAGCCCGGAGAAUGGGAGGCAUGAAAUAGAUAAAAAUGGGUUUGGAGGAAAAAGACCCAACGUUCCCGUAUUCGUCGGAUGUACGACGGGUUUUGUGAUCUUCAUGACACUCAUUGUCCUGCUCCUCGCCAUGGUCAUGCGAAAACGCACUAAGCGACAGAAAGCCGUCAUCAAGUCGGAUGCCAAGCGACGUCCUAUCAGCAUCAUCAGCUUGACCACCGCUUUUGACGUUGAGAAGCCUGACGUGGCGUUGGUAGAAGCCAAAACAACACCACAAAGCCAAACUGUCUUGAAAUCGACGUCAUAUCGAAAGUCAUUGCAUAACCUUCCAAGUUCAUCCUCAAGGAAGAGUGGAACCAACCAGGACAUCAGUAGACAGCAUCUUGCUGAUAAGCUAUCCGCGUCGCUUCGAUCGAAGAGCUAUGCAUCCUUGAUGGAGACUCCCAUACCAACACAACAGACUUUACAACCCGAUGACGCUACCGACGAUGACUGCGUCUCGAGAGUGUCCACUGAAGAUUCGGCCUACGAUGACCUCACCUGCAGCCUGGGCAGUGUAUCAGCCCUGGGAUCGCGGUCCAACUCGAACGCGACUUCGGACACGCAAUCGUGCUACGGAUCCGUAGGUUCGCUACUUUCGACCGUCAGGUACAGUCGAGGAAAGGAUACCAUAGAAGUGAUGAAGAAACGUAGCCUCCAUUAUGCAGAGAUUGAUUGGAGUGGCCGAACGCCACCCAGUGGUAAAAUCGUUGAUAGUGACGAGAAGACAUUGUAUGCACAGAUAAGGAAAUAAUAUCGGUAAUGAUGUACUCUUUAAACACUUUUUUAUACUCAAGACUAUAAACUUAUAAAAACUAUUUUCAUUGGCGUUCAAACACUACACCUCCGUCAGUCUUCAAGUCUUUGCAAUAUUGAAAUCAUUCAUUUGUAAUUUGAUAUAAAAUUCAUUUAAAAUUUUGUUUCUCCAUUUUUCAUGCAAUGAUUUUUGUAACAAAGAGAUUGAAACAAAAUGUCUGAUUCUUUGCUUCCAGAUGCUAUUGCAAAAAUGUUAUUAAACUCAGAAUUCAACAGCAUACCCUUUUCAAAAUCAUUGAACGGUUCGAGGACGUAAUGCAGCCACGUGACGUAUUUCGUUUCACAUUAUAAGACAUUCGUUGUCGCCAAAGAUAAUAUGUUAAUAUACAUAACUACAUUCAAGUUGGCGGUAGGCGACAUCAAAUUUCAAGCAAAAUGAUUCUCAGAGAUAAAUAAUGAUCUUGUUGAAUGUGAAAAGAAGUUUUUGUCCUAUAUUCACAAAAAAAUCGAAUAAUUUGUAUCUAAAUGGUACACUCACCAGCGUUACCAAUUAGCCAAUAAGACAAAUCCGAAAGCGAUUAAAGAGAGUCCUAUAUGAUUAUCUUACAAAUUACAGAUGAAUGGAUCAAGCCUAUAUGUAUUAAUGGCUCAUGAUUGUCGGUCUCUCCAAAUGUGAUAUAAUCGACGAUGUCUUACUUGGUGGUUUGUCGUUGUAUUGCUUAGGAUAAUGUACAUAUAAAUAAAAUGAUACAGGUAAAUAAUGUUCAGAUGUUAAUGUGUAUGAUAUUAAUCAAAAUUUGUAUAUAAAUGCUACCUUUAAAUUAGAUUUAUCUUCUUUGUAUUUGUAACAAUUUUUACAUUUUUAAUUGUCUCGAAUAAUUAAACUUUAAAAUGUAUAAAAUACGUUAAAACGAAUCUAACGUUGGGGUGAAAUUCUCCUUGUUGGACAAAUAAAUCAGGGAGAAAAGGGGUACCAAUCGCAGGGUCGACAAAAAUUUCCAUGAAAAGAUAGCGACGUUAUUACAUGUUAAACCUUGUGACGUCAUCCAUGCCCUGUCUUUUAAAUAUUUUUAAAUGUUUAGAUUGUUUAUUACGAAUCAUGAUUAAAAGCGUUUUUUUUUAAUUGAUAAACAAUUCUAUGCACUAUUAUAUUUUUGUGAGAGAAUCUUACUGUCUACUGGAUUUAUAGUAAAAAACGUAAAUGAUGUCAUGUAAGUAAAAGUUACAUUUGUCAACUUGUUCUAAAGUUUGUAGAAUUUUAUUGGAGGCUUCAAUUAUGAUUAUGUUGGCUAAACUUUGCACUUUUAUAUUUACUAUCAUUUCAUUAAGUUGUGGGGUAUUAAGAGAUUAAUGAAGAAAGACAAACGCUAUCUUCCUUGCGGGUAGUUUCAUUAAGGUAACAACAAAAAUUACCCUGUUAGCGAAAUGGGUCCUUAUUAUCAUUAUUCAUUCAAAGGAUUGAUGCGUGUAUUUUAUGCACACCAGAAAUGAAUGAUGGAAUGCCAGCUUUAUCGUUGAAACAACCCAUUUUCCCAAUUAAGAAAUGAUUUCUAACUACUACAAUAAUUACAUAUCACCAUACAUAUAUGAUUAUUAUUUGUUUUAAUUAUUGGCGUAAUACUGUAUUGGAAGCAAAAAAAAUCGAUGUAGACAACCUAGAGGGGUCUGCUAUUCUAAACGAGGUAAUUCAGCGAUAACCGAGUAAAAUAUUACGCAGGAUAAUUACUGAUAUUCUUUUGUUUCGACUAAUUACAUGAUUUAAGCACGUUAUAGUUUUUCGGACACAAUUUUUUCCUGGAUAGCAUACAACGACAUCACAUCGUUUGUAAUGUUUCUUACAGUAUGUACGUGUUUCAAUAUGGUGCCUGAUGACACAAUAUAAGUGAUCAUUGAGUAACGGACUUUGGCUUGUCUAUGAACAAGUUUAGCCCAAAUAAAGACAAAUAUUUUCGUACAAACAUUAA